GCUCCUGCUCUCCGCCUAGUCUUUUUCCCUCCCAGUCGCCUGCCUGCCAGGGGUAGUGAACCGGCUAAGCGGCAUGGAGAAGCCGGAACUUUGGGGGGCUCUGGCUCUUCUCCUCCUUUGCUCUUACACAUGUGCCAGUCAGGACCUUCAGGUAAUUGACCUGCUGACUGUGGGCGAGUCCAGACAGAUGUUAGCUGUGGCAGAGAAGAUCCGGACAGCUUUACUUACUGCUGGGGACAUCUACCUCUUGUCCACUUUCCGCCUCCCUCCAAAGCAAGGUGGUGUCCUUUUUGGCCUCUACUCCCGCCAAGACAACACACGAUGGCUGGAGGCCUCUGUUGUGGGCAAGAUCAACAAAGUGCUGGUGCGGUACCAGCGGGAAGAUGGCAAAGUCCACGCAGUGAACCUACAGCAAGCAGGCCUUGCUGAUGGGCGUACACACACAGCUCUCCUGAGGCUCCGAGGACCGUCGCGACCCAGCCCUGGCCUGCAGCUGUAUGUGGACUGUAAACUGGGUGACCAACAUGCUGGCCUUCCAGCACUGGCGCCCAUUCCUCCAGCGGAGGUCAGUGGCUUGGAGAUCAGAACUGGACAGAAGGCUUAUCUGAGGCUACAGGGUUUUGUGGAAUCGAUGAAAAUUAUUCUGGGUGGCUCCAUGGCCCGGGUAGGAGCCCUGAGUGAAUGUCCAUUCCAAGGAGAUGACUCCAUUCACAGUGCAGUGACCAGUGCACUGCAAUCCAUUUUAGGGGAGCAGACCAAGGCACUGGUCACCCAGCUCACCCUCUUCAACCAGAUCCUAGUGGAGCUUCGGGAUGACAUCCGAGACCAGGUGAAGGAAAUGUCCCUCAUCCGGAACACCAUCAUGGAGUGUCAGGUGUGCGGUUUCCACGAGCAGCGUUCCCACUGCAGCCCCAGCCCCUGCUUCAGAGGUGUGGACUGCAUGGAAGUGUAUGAGUAUCCAGGCUACCGCUGUGGGCCCUGCCCUCCUGGCCUGCAGGGCAACGGUACCCACUGUGAAGACAUCAAUGAGUGUGCUCAUGCUGACCCCUGUUUCCCGGGCUCCAGCUGCAUCAACACCAUGCCUGGCUUCCAUUGUGAGGCCUGUCCUCAAGGGUACAAGGGCACUGGAGUCUCUGGUGUGGGCAUCGACUAUGCUCGGGCCAGCAAACAGGUCUGCAGUGACAUUGAUGAGUGUAAUGAUGGUAACAACGGAGGCUGUGACCCAAAUUCCGUCUGCACCAACACGAUGGGGUCUUUCAAAUGUGGUCCCUGUCGUCUGGGUUUCCUGGGAAACCAGAGCCAGGGCUGCCUUCCAGCCAGGACCUGCCACAGCCCUGCCCACAGCCCCUGCCAUGUCCAUGCUCACUGUCUCUUUGAACGCAAUGGUGCCGUGUCUUGCCAGUGUAAUGUGGGCUGGGCAGGGAAUGGGAAUGUGUGUGGGCCUGACACAGAUAUAGAUGGCUAUCCGGACCAGGCGCUUCCCUGCAUGGAUAACAACAAGCACUGCAAGCAGGACAAUUGCCUUUUGACACCCAACUCUGGGCAAGAAGAUGCUGAUAACGAUGGUGUAGGGGACCAAUGUGAUGAUGAUGCUGAUGGGGAUGGUAUCAAGAAUGUUGAGGACAAUUGCCGACUGUUCCCCAACAAGGACCAGCAGAAUUCAGACACAGAUUCAUUUGGUGAUGCCUGUGACAACUGUCCCAAUGUUCCCAAUAAUGACCAGAAGGACACAGAUGGCAAUGGAGAAGGAGAUGCCUGUGACAACGAUGUGGAUGGGGAUGGCAUUCCCAAUGGGCUGGACAAUUGCCCUAAAGUACCCAACCCACUGCAGACAGACCGGGAUGAAGACGGAGUGGGAGACGCCUGUGACAGCUGCCCUGAAAUGAGCAACCCUACCCAGACAGAUGCAGACAGCGACUUGGUGGGGGAUGUCUGUGAUACCAAUGAAGACAGGCCCCUGAAAGCCUACAGAAGGAAAAGAUGGAACCCACCUACUCAGCUGGUAUUUUGUUCCCUUCUUCUGAGCAGCGAUGGAGAUGGGCAUCAGGACACCAAGGACAACUGUCCUCAGCUGCCAAAUAGCUCUCAGCUGGACUCAGACAAUGAUGGACUUGGAGAUGAGUGUGAUGGGGAUGAUGACAAUGAUGGUGUCCCAGAUUAUGUGCCUCCUGGGCCUGACAACUGUCGCCUGGUACCCAAUCCUAAUCAGAAAGACUCAGAUGGCAACGGUGUUGGUGAUGUGUGUGAGGAUGACUUUGACAAUGACGCAGUGGUUGACCCUCUGGAUGUGUGUCCGGAAAGUGCAGAAGUCACCCUUACAGACUUCCGGGCCUAUCAGACCGUAGUUCUGGAUCCUGAGGGUGAUGCUCAGAUUGAUCCAAACUGGGUUGUACUCAACCAGGGCAUGGAAAUUGUUCAGACUAUGAACAGUGACCCAGGUCUUGCAGUUGGAUACACGGCCUUCAAUGGCGUGGACUUUGAAGGCACUUUUCACGUGAACACAGUCACUGAUGAUGACUACGCAGGCUUCCUCUUCAGUUACCAGGACAGUGGCCGCUUCUAUGUGGUCAUGUGGAAACAGACAGAGCAGACCUACUGGCAGGCCACGCCUUUCCGAGCAGUAGCCCAACCAGGGCUGCAGCUCAAGGCUGUGACAUCACUAUCGGGCCCAGGCGAGCACCUCCGGAAUGCUCUGUGGCAUACUGGCCACACUCCUGAUCAGGUACGACUGCUGUGGACUGACCCACGAAAUGUGGGUUGGCGUGACAAGACGUCCUAUAGAUGGCAGCUGCUGCACCGGCCCCAGGUUGGCUACAUUCGAGUGAAGCUCUAUGAGGGUCCUCAGCUAGUGGCGGAUUCUGGGGUGAUUAUUGACACGUCCAUGCGAGGGGGGCGACUCGGUGUAUUCUGCUUCUCCCAAGAAAACAUCAUUUGGUCCAAUCUCCAAUAUCGAUGCAACGACACAGUGCCUGAGGACUUUGAGCCAUUCCGGAGGCAACUGCUCCAGGGAAGGGUGUGAGGAGGCGGCCACGGAUUCAGAAUCCUGAUUGGAGACCCUUUGACCUUGGGCUCCAUUCUGGAGACCCUGGGGUCUAACCCACAGCCCCUCAGUCAAACCGACGGUUCUCUGGCACCCACCAAGCAGCUCAGCCCCAGAGGGGUAGUGACCCAUUGUGCAGGGGUUGGGGGACUUUCAAGGGUUAUUACUUAGGUUCUAACCCCAGGAAAGACAACAGCCCAUUGCCAUAAAGUUUCAGUUAUUUUCUAA